GGGAAGUGGAGACAUCUUUAAGAGGAGACCCACCUUUAAUGUGCGCAGGCACCAUGCCAGACAAGCCAUUUAGAAAUGACUCACUUUGAAACUCUUCCUGUGAAGACAGAUAGUCGUCUAGAGGAUGAGGUUGAAUUUAUCAGCAGAAGCAGAGAGAGAGAAGAAAAAAGGGAAGCUCAGCAAGUUUCCUAAACAUACCCCAUGACUUCAUUGUGGCUAAGUGCGGGGACUACACAGGACCCGUGAGGACCUCCAGUCUGGUGCUGAAGUUUCAGCUUCUUGAACUUUAGCAAUGGAGUCUUUCUCUACUGAGAACAAUUCAACCGACCCGCUCUCAGAGCCUUUGGAUAAACCUCAAGUAAUUCUCUCCAUGGUCAUUCUCAGCCUCACGUUUGUGUUGGGGUUACCAGGCAAUGGGCUGGUGCUGUGGGUGACAGGCCUAAAGAUGCAGCGGACAGUGAACACAGUUUGGUUUCUCCAUCUCACCCUGGCAGACUUUCUCUGCUGCCUCUCCUUACCCUUCUCCCUGGCUCACUUGGCCCUGCAGGGAUUCUGGCCCUAUGGCCCUUUCUUCUGCAAACUCAUCCCUUCUGUCAUUGUCCUCAACAUGUUCGCCAGUGUCUUCCUGCUCACCGCCAUUAGCCUGGACCGCUGUCUUCUGGUACUCAAGCCAGUCUGGUGCCAGAAUCAUCGCAGCGUGCGGACAGCCUUUGCUGUCUGUGGGUGUAUCUGGCUGGUGGCUUUUGUGAUGUGUGUACCUGUGUUCAUGUACCGGGAAAUGUCUGUUGAAGGCGACUACUAUGUGUGUGACUACAAUUAUGGCCCCUCCAGUUCAUAUUAUGAGGACUUCACCUCUGACCUGGAUCUUCUGGAGAAUGGGUCCCUCGACUACUCUGUUGAACAGCUGCCUGGAGAAAUGGAUAAUAGGUUAGAUCCUUCCUCUUCCCAAACAAAUGAUCAUCCAUGGACAGCCACCACUGUUCUCCAGCCUCAAACAUUUCAAAGACCUUCUAGAGAGUCACUCCCUAUGGAUUCAGCUAGAUUAUCCAGUCAACACUUGUAUUACAAUUUAUUUAAACCUACUGAUAUGGUCUCACCUACAGUCCCCAGUGGGUUUUCCAUUGAAGAUCGUGGAACUGGCCUAUUGGCUACAUCUGAUGCUUUUCUCUCUGCUGAUUUAGAGCUUUCCACAAGUGCUUAUAGCAAUUUCUUAUAUGAGUUUGAGCUACCACAAGAUUUCCUGAAUAAUCAUUUUGGCCAAUUUACACAUGAUGAUUGGGUGCCAACAGCCCUGGUAGCGAUAACCAUCACUAGGCUAGUGCUCGGUUUCCUGUUGCCCUGUGUCAUCAUGGUCAUCUGUUACAGCCUCAUUAUCCUCCGAAUGCGACAGGGCCGCUUCGCCAAGUCUCGGAACAAAACGUCUCGAGUGGCCAUGGUGGUAGUGGCUGUCUUUCUUGUCUGCUGGGCUCCCUACCACAUUUUUGGAGUCCUAUUAUUACUUAUUGACCCGGGAACUCCCGUUGGGAAAGCUCUGGCGUCCUGGGACAAUGUGUCCCUUGCUCUAGCAUCCGCCAAUAGUUGUAUCAAUCCCUUCCUGUACGCCUUCUUGGGGAAAGAUUUUAGGAAAAAAGUAAGGCAGUCCAUUCAGGGUCUUCUGGAAGCAGCCUUCAGUGAGGAGCUCACACAUUCAAGCAGUUGUCCGCCAAACAAAGUCUUUUCUGAGAGAAACAGUAUCAGCACAGCUGUGUGAAAAUACGGAGCAGCCAGCUUCACCAGAGGAUCUUGUGUAUUUGCCUAGCGAAUGUUUCUACCGGGUGAGGGAUAUAAUAACAGGGGGCUUCUGAACUUGCUGAAGAAUCAGUCCAGUCUUCAAGUGUGGUCCCAGACUAUUGGCAUCAGCAUCACUCGGACAUUUGUUAGAUACAGUAUACAAAUUUUCAGGCCCCAUCCCAGAUUUGCUGAAUUAGAAUCUCUCAAUGGUGGGACCCAGUGAGCGUUUUUAACAAAUCCUCUUAUUGCAAGCUAGCACAAACUUGAGAAUCAAUGUAAAAAUUAAUCCAUUCCUAUCCCAAACUGGGCCAUGUGAGAUCAAUGAAAAUCUAUUUUGGUUUUAAA